UGCUGGGGUGGUCCUGGAAGCUGGGGGCUUUAAAUACUCGCCGUCCUGCCGAGGUCGAAGUCGCCAUCGCCGAUCGCUUCCUUAGCUUCUCCAUUUUCUCGGCCCCGGAGGAAAAUGGCGAAGAUACACCCCAACGCUACCCCGGCGUCGAAUGUGGCCGCGCAGUCGCCUGGGGCCGAGCCCCCCUGCGGCGGCGACGGGCGGACGGCGGUGGAGCUGACGGUGUGGCGGAAGUCGCUCCUCUUCAACGGGAACGGCUUCACGGUCUUCGACUCGGAGGGGAACUUGGUGUUCCGGGUCGAUAACUACGCCGUGGGGAGUAGGAAUGAGAUCCUUCUCAUGGACGCCGAUGGGAAGCCGCUCCACACGAUCCGGAGAAAGAGGCUCAGUUUAGGUGAUCAGUGGCUCAUUUACAAUGCUGAAGAGACCAUCAACCCUCAGUUUACUGUCAAGAAGAAUCACGCUCGGCUCCUGCACUCCAAGACUCUGGCACAUGCGACUCCUUGUGCUUCAGGCUCCAACUCUCGCCUUGGCUACAACAUCGAAGGCACUUACUCACGACGGAGCUGUGCUUUCUUUGACGAUGAGCGGCGGCAAUUGGCAGAGAUCAAGAGGAAGGAAAGUGCCCAGGGGGUUGCCCUUGGCCUUGAUGUCUUCUGGCUAAUCAUAGAGCCAGGGCUGGAUGCAUCCUUUGCCAUGGCAAUGGUGAUACUCCUUGAGCAGAUGUUUGGAUCCCAGCGGUCGCUUCUGGACGGCUGGAUGCUCUUUUAGUUAUUGUUGCAGAACUUGAAUUUGUAAGAUUGCUAGGCUUUAUUUUAGCAUCCAUCUCAUUUGGAGUUAGAAUUAAGAAAUACACAAGGAAAACAAAUAUCAGUUGUGAACCUAAUGAGAUGAGAUGAUAAGAAAGAACUCAAGAGUACAAACUGUGUUAGUUUGCAUUCUUCUUUUUGUUCUGUAGAAAGAGCAAGAUAUAUAUGUAUUAAGGCAACCUAAUGCAGUCUAUUCAGGCAUCUCUAAUUCUUAAACUCA